AUGGACAGGCUCUUGCGGACCAUCCAGGCGCAUGGCGGCGGCGGCGGCGGCGACGCUCCGACAGUGGACACGUCAGAGCAGAUCUACAUCUCUAGUCUUGCGCUCCUCAAGAUGCUCAAGCAUGGUAGGGCGGGAGUGCCCAUGGAGGUUAUGGGGCUGAUGCUUGGCGACUUCGUUGAUGACUACACCGUACGGGUUUGCGACGUGUUUGCCAUGCCUCAGAGCGGUACAGGAGUCAGUGUAGAGGCCGUUGAUCCUGUCUUCCAGACAAAGAUGCUUGACAUGUUGAAGCAAACUGGCCGCCCUGAGAUGGUUGUUGGGUGGUACCACUCUCAUCCAGGGUUCGGUUGUUGGUUGUCAGGUGUUGACGUGAAUACGCAGCAGAGUUUUGAAGCUCUGAACCAGAGGGCCGUUGCUGUUGUCGUUGAUCCUCUGCAAUCAGUGAAAGGAAAGGUGGUGAUCGACGCGUUCCGUUCCAUCAACGCACAGAUGGUGAUGUUGGGUCAAGAGCCGCGUCAAACAACAUCCAUCAUUGGCCAUUUGAACAAACCCUCCAUCCAGGCGCUCAUUCAUGGCUUGAACAGACAUUAUUACUCCAUCGCGAUCAGCUACAGAAAAAGUGAGUUAGAAGGAAAGAUGCUCAUGAAUCUGCACAAGAAGGGAUGGACCGAGGGUUUGAAGACCUCAGACUUCAAGGAGCAUGACAAGAGGAAUGAGGAUACUGUCAAGAGGAUGCUCGAGCUCGCUAAGGCCUACAACAAAGCUGUGCAAGAGGAGGAUCAGAAGUCUGCGGAGAAAUACCAGAUUGACCAGGUGGGAAAGCUUGAUGCAAAGAAGCAUCUUGAACAGGAGAUUGAAACGGUUAUGUCAGACAACAUCAUUCAAUGCUUGGGUACCAUGUUAGAUACUGUUGUUUUCUAA